AUGGUUUAUGCAUUUCUUGUUCACACAUUGGCUUCGGGACCAUGUCAUGUCCUGUAUUCUGCAGUAUUUGCAAACGAACAAGCGGUAGGUUUUUAAAAAUUUUAUCAAACUCAAGUUGAUGUUUUCAUAUUUAUAGUUGAACGCUAUAUAAGGCCAAUGAAAAUUGAUAUCAUGUUUCUCGUCCCCGCCCGCAUGGGAUUUAUCUGCCGCACGAAAAUUUUUCAUUAUUCAUUAUUUUUGAAAAAUAGGCUUAACAAAACACCAAAUUGAUCUCCAGAUCAAAGUCUUAUUGCUGCAUUCCGCAAGCGCAACUCAAAUUGUAUCUUUCUAAAGAUAUUACUCGCCAGAAUGCCUCUAUUUUUCAUGACAGCCCUGGUAUGUAUAUAAAUAUACUGUAGUGUAGGACGUAUUAAAUUAAAAUGAAUUAUACACCGAUUUACUUCAGAUGUUUAUGGGGGUUUCUACUGGGUCAAGGAAAUUAUUGACAAGUAAUUCAAAUAAAAAAAUAAUGAAAAAUGAAAAAAUGCCGCUCCAAAUUUUUGAAAAUCGUGGACGAGAAACAUGAUAUCAAUUUUCAUUGGCCUAAAUAGUGUUCAACUAACAUCAACUUGAGUUUGAUUUAAUAAAACACCGUUUUGCAACGCCCUGUGGACAUUCGCAGUAAAUGUACUGUACUAGGCAAAAAAAAAAAUAUGUGGGUUUCCGGUUUCUUCGAAUAAAAACUUAGGUAGGGUAGGUCGGUUUUAACUUUUUUUUUUAAACUUUUUUUUUAAUUUUCCGAGCAAGCGGGCGCCAUUUUGUUUAAUCAGUGCUUCCACUUCCAAAGAUAAAUUUCCCUAAUAUUGCCUCAAAUUUCAAUUUUCCACAAACUUUUUCCUCUAAGUGGAAACACUUACAAGCAUGAUCCAAUAAAAAAGUUUAGGGUCGGGAUUUCGACGUCCAAAAGCUAGGUAGGGUCGGGAAACUGGAAACCCACAUAUUUUUUUUUGGCCCUAUCUACAAUAAAAAAACAACUAGUUUCAUAUUAAUCUGACACUGCAAGACUCGCUACCAAUCCCUGUUGACUCGAUAGCUCAAUAGGUAGAGUGGUGGUCUAGAUACCCGAAGAUACAAGUUCAAAUCCUGCUCGAGCCAACAAAUUUUUUCGUUGCUCGAUUGCAGUGUCAGAUUAAUAUGAAACUAGUUUUUCAUAUCUCUGAGGAUGGUUCUGUAAUAAGUCUACAAUAUUGCUUUGCAGCUAGGUUGGCAAAGGUCUCAGACUGGAAACUUUGUUACAACUUUAACCCUUUGUCUACCGACGGGACUUGAAAGUACAUACGCACAGAAUAAUUUUAUUUUGCAAAAUUAUGCGCAUCGAACACUUGCUCUUGGGCACUUAACACUUCUUACUUUUAUCUUCCACAGGCCAAGUGGACAGAAUUUUGCGCACAUGAAUUUUUGCAUGAACAAUUGCGCUGCAAGUUUGCAGUCUGGAUCAGGUCAACCUGAUCACACAAGUUUCAAGAGCGUGGCCAGAGAAUACAGAAGGUUGACUCUGCCACAAAACCGUAACCGCUGCCACGCUAUGAUUUGUCAUCAAAAUGCUGACACCAUGCUCCUAACCAGUGCGCUCAUGAGACGCAUUCACCCCGUGGACAUCCACCAUUUUGAAUUUUAUCAGGGCGUGAGUGCCUCUCAUAAGCGCACUGGCUAGGCUAGGACCAUGGCAUCACAGUGGCGUGCUGGGUACUAUUUUUCUGGGGGGGGGGGCAGUCGACUGGCAACCAAAAUGCGCCCCUAUACUAUUACGCUUGAUAAACGAGGGCCGAAGAGCCGAGCGCCGCAGGUGCGAGGUUUGUCUAGGGGGGUCCGGGGGCAUGCCCCCCGGAAAAUUUUUGAAUUUAGAGUUUCUGAAAUGCCAUUUCCUGGACUUUGGGGGGAAGAUUUGACAGAAAUCUGAUGGUCAGGAAACGGGUUAGAAUUUAGUGGUAGUACUUAAAUUGGGCAAUGCUAACUACUUCCAGCAAUUAAUCUAAUUCCAAUUCUAUUUUCUACUGAUCUAGUGAUCUGAAUACAUUGACAACUUACAGCCCUUUUAUAUACAAUAACACACGGACCACACGCAUAUGCAUUUUAAGGUUUCCUUGCCUGGCUGCCAAAAGGGCACGUUUCAGCAUUAUAUCUCAUUGCUUACAUUACUCAUGAUGUUUCUUGCGCAAACAACUAAAUUGCGUACACAAAUUUACAUUAUAACUUCAACUAUCUAAUUUGUGCCGCUCAUGUGAUUUGUGAAGCAUAAUAAAGGGCAUAAUAUUCGGGCAUAAUACCAGCAAAAAAGGGCAUAAUUCCCGUGAUUGCUUCGAAGCCUGAUCAAUAUUCUGGUAAUGAGACAUUGCGUGUGAUCACUGAUCGUGUUUCUAUAUGAACGAGUGAUUUCGUGUCAGUCGUGAGGUAGCAAAUACGGUUAGACAAAAUAGUCUGCAAUUUAAUAUACUCACUUUGCCGCCUAUGCGCUUAGUCUGUUUAUAAGUCUAUAAACACAUCUUUCCUUGGCGGAAUUAGUAACUAUAUUUUUUCGAAUGCGUUUCUUCCCACCCACUUUCAAAACGUGGGAUCGGCGUCCCCUUUUCAUUUUUGCGCCCCCCAAGAAUUGCCAGCUGGGGGGGCCGUGGCCCCCCGGCCCCCCCUGCCAGCACGCCACUGUGGCAUCAGCAUUUUGAUGAUGAAUUACAGGAAUGCUGAAAUCAUAGGAAAGACCAAGAAGUCGAUUAACUUUUCUCUUUGUCCCUAUUCUGUGGCGUGGCAAUGCAUACAGGGUUCUAAUUAAAUAUUUAAAAGUGAAUACUAGCGAAUUUCUACCCAUUGACUCGUACAAUAAAAAGUGAAUAGCGAAUUUCUACUAAGUGAUUACUGUGUUGCAUAUGCAGUAAAAAGGAUUAAGCAUUCAACCUUCAACCAGAAAGGCUGUUAGUGUUAUAAUAAGAAAGAUUAAGCAUUAGGAAACGCAACAGAAUUCUAUUGUCUAUUGAGAAAUAUUAGCGCAAAUGAGAGAAUAUGUUUCACCUCAAAAUACACAAAGAAUUGUUUGAAAACAAACGUUUCCAUUUUCCAAUGUUAUCCAUUUUACUUUUUCACAUAUGAAAUCUUCUCAGGUUGAAUAGUGAUUUUUUUUAUGUCACUGUAUAGCAAAAUGAGUAGCGAAAUCCCCAAAACAGAUAGAUGCGAUAUCUGUUAAUUCAAACCCUGAAUGCAUGCACAAUUUUUAUUGUGCCUCAUUAAAAAAAUUGCUUGAAAAAGUGCUUAAAGGGGAAGUCAAGUCCGUUCACAUCGGUUCUGCUCAUAACAAUGUGAGGACCUCUAAUGUGAACAUUGCCCAAAUUUCAUACUCAUUUAGAAGUAUAGCGAACCAAAAUGGUGUUAGAUAUUCAGACAGUACAUCAUAUUUUAAAAAAUACAGCAGUUCAAAAUGUAAACAAACCAUUUGUUUACAUUACGGACUUGACUUCCCCUUUAAUAAAAGUUGGAAAUGAAAACUAAAUGACAAAAACCAGUGGGUAAUUGGAAAUUGUGCUGUUUUAUUGCCUGUUAAAUAAAAAUGUAAAUUAUGGCAAACGAGCAAAUAUUUAAUGUCCACAAAUAGGUAUGCACACACAUAUCGUAAUACCUGUCCAUUUCCACUAUCAAUGAUGCAUGCCACUAUACAAUGUGUUUGCAUUGCACAAGAUCUCAAAGAGUUUUGGCCUACUUUGCAAACUGGUCAAGAGCAGCAGAUUAAAUAAGAACCAGGUGCCCAACUUGACAAAUUUUGCUCUCCCCCACAAACGACGCUCCCCUUACCCAUUGAAUAGUGGCACUCUCCCCUUGAUGAGUAAAAUUGUCUGGCAUUAGACUGAGUAAAAUAAUAAAGUAGGACACAUCUUGGUGCAUUGCCAAUAGGAACAGAGUUUUAUACAAAGACUUCAUAGAUAAUUCUUACACUUAUGGCCAUGUUAUUUGGCAUUAUUUUCAGGCAACAGAUAGCACAAAUGAAGAUUUAAGGGAAGUCGGUAAGAGACAACUAUCACAUGUGGCUUCCAGAGUUCAGUCUGAGUAUUCGUUCCGUCGUGCGGUAGGGGGAUCCAUUUCAAAUCCUAGCGACUUAGAAGCAAGCAAUGAGUAAGUUAUUAGUCAUGAGAAUAUAUGUCAUUGUAUAUGGUUCAAAUAGCUGUUUUGCUAAAUUUUAUAUUUAAUUUUAGACUUUUAUCUGUCAUGAAAUCUGGAAUAUUCAAGUUAGUAAGGAAUACAUUAGAUCUAAUUUUGAAGCAGCUAGGCUUCUUCAUUGCACAUUUGAAAAAAAAUGUUUUUCCUGGAAAGAAGGUUAGGCCAAAAAAAAAUGUGGGUUUCCGGUUUCCCGACCCUACCUAGCUUUUGGACGUCGAAAUCCCGACCCUAAACUUUUUUAUUGGAUCAUGCUUGUAAGUGUUUCCACUUAGAGGAAAAGUUUGUGGAAAAUUGAAAUUUGAGGCAAUAUUAGGGAAAUUUAUUUUUGGAUGUGGAAGCACCGACUAAACAAAAUGGCGUCCGGUUGUUCGGAAAAUUAAAAAAAAAGUUUAAAAAAAAAGUUAAAACCGACCUACCCUACCUAAGUUUUUAUAAGAAGAAACCGGAAACCCACAUAUUUUUUUUUUGGCCUUACUAACUUAUAUAAACUGUUGUAAAUUAAUUCUAAUGUAUUAAUUGCUCUAGACUGUAUCCUGGUGAGCCAUUUGUUACAGAGAAAAUUGUUAUUUGGAAAGGAUUAAACAAGUAUGACAGCUACUUGACUUCAUCUCAAAUAAGCCACUAUCAACUAAUAAUAAUAAGGCCAGAAAAGAAAUACCUGGGGCUUGUUGCAAAAAUAUAUUAGUUAUAAGUAGGGUAGGUUGGGUUUUCUUUCUUUUUUGUUAAAUUUAUUCUUAUAAAUGCUCAUGCAUGAGAGUGAUAUUCUACGUCAAUUACGACAACACAGAUGACACAAACAUUCCUUAGAUGUUAUAUCAACUUUGAAACAAACGGGUUAUACUUUAAUUAUGGGUACGACAAAUUGCUCCAGACUCUUUGCAAACUUCAGAUAAAAAGACUAGGAUCAGUGAUUUCACUGGCCAAAAGUUAGGUAGGGUUGGGAAACAGGAAACCCAGGGUUUUUUUCUUUGGCCUAACAACUUUAUUUGAGUGUCAGCUUAAAUAGCAGUUAGUAAAUAAGAACACUAUUUACAAACAUGCCUAUACCGGUAGUAAAAAUAUUAAAAUUAUUAAAAAUGUACAAUCCAAUAUUAUACUAUUAUUAUUACAAGGGGCCUUUGCCAACAGCAAGUCAUAGCUACUUCCAAACUAUUUUCUACUUGUCUAGUCAGUCAUGUACCAAUUUUGUACAGUAGCGUAGCCAGCCUGAAAAUUUACUCCUGCUAUGUAAAUUUCAAAGCAUUAUCAUUAUUCAUUUCUUUAGAAAUUCAUUGUUUUUACAGCCUAUGAACACAGAAAUAUUUGCAUAGCAGGAGUAAAUAGUCAGGCUAGCUACGCCACUGAUUUUGUACCACGUGUCCAUGUCUCAUGUGAUGUAAACGUAUUGUAUGUCAACUGCAUGUCUUCAUGGCUACUAUAGUCUUGUUUUGCACAUCACAUUUCCUUCGUUAAUUUGUAAAUUGUUCUAUAUACUUUAAAAACUUUUUUUUAUUCUUUGAACCAAUGUCUGUAAUUUAUUUUCAUAAUAUGAACAAAACUAGGAGCCUAAAUAAAAAGCCUGUAAAGGUUUCUGGUAGGUUCCUAGCCCAACAUCAUCAAUAUAAAUCUAUCUUUAUAUAAAAUUUGUACAUAUAGGGGAAACUUCAUUACUAUAGAAAAUACAGGUACAAAAUACUUGUCUUGUUUUAGUUGUGGUGUAACAAUGGUGUGUGAGAAAUAUGAGAACAGAGUGACAGCUCAAACUGUUCUAGGAAACAUUGUGAAAUUUGCAGAACAACAUUGUAACAUGCUGGAAAAACCAUAUGAAGUGAGUUGCAGAACAUUAAUGUAUUAAAUUCGCGCUUGACAAUAGUUCAACCAAGUGCCUUACAAUGGCAUGACCUUAGUAUAUAUUAUUACCUGAACUUGUUCCCAAUUUUCUCUUUCAGGUUUUGUUGAAACCAGACAGAAUCGAGGCAGUUAUUCAUCAUUUUUUGCCUUGCGGCCAGGUAUAAACAGAUAGUUACAUAUUGCAACCACUGAUCUAAUAGAUCAGUGAUUGCAACAUAUUGCAGGAUUUGAACCCCAUGCAAACCCCAUGCAGUUAAAAAGGGGGAUGCACAAACCAUUGAGCUGUUUUGAAGUGUUUUCCCCAUCUAUAUAGUAUCCACUUAAUUCACUAACUAUAUCAUGGUUUCUUGCAGCUUCUUUUCAUGAACCAUCGCGUUGUGCGACAGUUUGAAAAGGAAUUGAAUCUAACAAUAAACAACAAAGCCUAA